CGGAGGGACACGUUAGUGCUCUGAGUGCUGAGACCAAUAAGGAGACAGAGCCGCUUCAGAGAGAGAAAGGUACAGAGGAUGUCCAGAGCUGACUGGUCCUUCCUGGAGAACCUGCUGGAGGAGGGCCAGGAGUAUUCAACAGGCAUCGGCCGCGUCUGGCUUACCGUGCUCUUCCUGUUCCGCAUCCUGGUCCUGGGAACCGCCGCCGAAUCCGCCUGGGAUGACGAGCAAGUCGACUUCGUCUGCAACACGCAACAACCCGGCUGUCCCGCCGUGUGCUACGACAAAGCCUUCCCCAUCUCCCACUUCCGCUACUUCGUCCUCCAGGUCAUCUUCGUCUCCACGCCGACCAUCUUCUACUUUGGAUAUGUGGCUAUAAGGGCUGGGAGGGACAAGAAGACAGAAGAGGAUGAGAAGGAGCUGGAAGAAGGUGGUGGAGACAAUAGCAAUGCAGCUAAAGACAAUGCAGCAGAGAAAGAGAAACAAGAGGAUGCUGGGAGAGGUAGAAAAGCUGAAAAGCCUUCUCUUGAGGCUCCGAAACUGAAAGGCAGGUUGCUGUGUGCGUAUGCGUUCAGCAUCCUGGUGAAAGUCCUCCUGGAGGUGGGCUUCAUCCUCGGGCUGUGGUUCCUGUAUGAUGGCUUCUUCAUUGCAGCAAAGUUUGAGUGCACGGCGACCCCCUGCCCUCACACGGUGGACUGCUUUGUCUCUCGACCCACGGAGAAGACCAUCUUCACCAUCUACACUCAGGUGAUCGCCGCCAUCUCCCUGCUCCUCAACCUGGUGGAGCUCCUCCACCUCCUGCAGCUCGCCAUCUCCCACCGGCUGGAGAAACGUUACCAAGCAGUGCGCCAGGACUACCUCCCUCGGUCGGAGCGGGUACCGGCCCGACCGGAGGUUAUAGAGCUCCAAACGGACGUGCCGCAGUCUUAUAAAGCGGGGAGCCAUGUUGGCGUCCCCAUGCAGGUGGAGGCUUCGUGCUACCCCAACCCGUGCGAGAGCUACGGGGACCUGGCCAUAGAGGUGAACUGGGGGACUGAGGAGAACGGGAAUGACCUGCUGCCCAGCUAUGUGAACUGCAUGGGGGCGAUGAAGACAACACAUCCCCACAGAGUCCAUUAUAAGAACCACACACAGCACACUGGGAAAACCCCAAAGGUUACGCGUAAGGGACACUUAAAGCAGAAACAUUAUGUAUGACACAGUCAGAUGUGGCAACGCGUUGCUUAAAAAGCUGAAAGCUUGGUUUUGUAUUGAGUCUUCCAGAUAUCAUCUAUGAAUAUAAUCCCGCACAUGACACUUGACUAUCAAGAAGUGCAUAGUGAGAGCUCAAAUGAAGAACAACAUUGCACUGUGAACUUGAUGCCUUAAAGGCAGGCAGACAUUCAAACAGAGAUUUAGCUGAUAAAUGGACCUAUUCAAAACAUUUUGGGAACACUCCCCAAGGCAGACAAAAUGAGAUUCCACAAUGAGAUACCAUUACAGUCAUAAGAUGUUACAUUUUGUGGCUUUUAGUGCUGAACGCAACAGUGGAAAAAAGCUGUGCAAUGGGGGGUCUGGGGUAGUGUAUGAGUGUGUAUGGGAGAGCAGCAGUAGAAGCAGAUUGAAGCAUAUUCCUCUGAGAUCUGCACUGUAACCCCUGGAGUUGUUUGAAGCCCUCCUCCUCCUCCUCUUUCUCCCAUGGCUCUGUCCACUCUGUGGAAUGUCCUGGUCUCUGGACCCGGCUCUGCUCCCAGGAGGAUAAUGGCUGCGUGGAUGCAAGCAUGCAUGCAUGCACACACACAAUAUCCUUUCCCCCUUUCACCCAGAGAGUAUCGGUCACUUGCGUUUUCGGAUGUGAACUGGGGAAGACAUGGGUAAAGAGAAGGGGAGCCAAACCAGAGGAAUUCUGGGAUUGUAAGCGACUUAUUUUUGCCAGUAACCAAAGUAAUUUAGCUAUAAAGGAAGAAGGAGGGGGAGAGAGGACCACUGCAUACCAGAUUAUGAGUGCUGAAUAAUGGAGGAAAGACAAGCAUCCAGUUUGAAAAUCAAAUCUUUACAGAGAUUUUGGGAGAGAACUCCAAAGAUAUGUGAGAGAUUGCACAUUAAGUGGACUGAAAGCGGUACAGAACUGUGCACACUUAAUGAAAGCUAACAACGUAUGUGAAAACUGUAUUUAAUGUUUAUUGUUUAAAGCCAUGAAGAAAUACUGGUGUUUAUAUUUAUUAUUUUGUGGAAAAUAAAACUUAAAGGACCAUAUAUUUAUUAUGAACUUGUCAAAUGUGGUAUAAUAAUAAUUUUCAAUGUAUCAUAUCAUUACACAUAUCAAAUCACAUAUUGCAUUUUUGCUUUUAUACAAAUAUAGUGCAUAUAGUGCUCAUUGGGAACGUGUGACCCCAAUGCAUACCUGUUUCUGGUUCCUUAGACCAGCUAUUCUCAACCUUGGGGUCGGGACCCCAAGUGGGGUCGCGAGAUGAUUUCUGGGGGGUCACCAAAUCAUUUUGGAAGUCAGCU